GCCAAAUUACAUUUGAACCUGAUGGAGAAGGAUUUGCAGAAAGAGGUUCAGUGCAGGCUGAGAUGGGAGACAAAGCUUCAGGACUGGAAAAAAAUCAAGGUUGUUGCUGUAAUCAGCCAGUUUAAUUAAGUCCCUCGCAAGAGACUUCCUGAACAGCCCUAAGAUUCAAAACCCAAAAAAUGUACAAGAUGCUUUAAACACCAUGCGGACACAACAAAAAGCAUACAGCGAACAGCGCCUCAAAAUCCUCGAGCAAGUCAGAAAUAUGACCCCUCCAAACUGCUCAGUGUCAUUGGCUGCUGAAUGGUACUCCUCUUUAUCUUCAGUUAAUGAGCAGAUUGAUGGCACACACUCUGAGACUAUGACAAAGCUGCGUGAAUAUUUUGAAAAUACCUGGCAAGACUGUUACCUGGAAGUUGAACACUUUAAGAGUGAAGUGUCUACUUAUGGAGCCGCCUCAGAUGAGAUACAGCAAUUUGUUAAUAGUGAGAUGGUGCCUCUUAUUGGCAAGUUCCAGACUCAAGCAGAGGAGCGUUUAGCAGCAAUGAAAAAAGCAUUUGAGGGUUUGGCCGAAACUGCUGCAUUCUUGAGUAAGUCUAUGUUCGAGUUUGUGCACGGGGCAGCUAAAGUCUGGGAGCUGCAUAGUGCACGUCUGCAGAGGACAGAGCAGCAGCUGCAGGACUCUCUCAAAGAAGUCAGCAAGGAUUAUGAAGAAAAGAACCAAAAAAAAGAAGCUCAGCUGGAUAUGAUGUUGGACAAACUCAGGCAGGAAAGCACAGAGAAGGCCCUCAAGGCUACAAUGGAGCAGAUCCUUAACAUUUUAGAGCAAAUUAAGGAAGGGUUUGUCAAUUUCUAUAAGGAAGGAGUUGUUAGAGUGGAGAGUUAUCCUGAAAUGGUCCUUAAAGAAAUACACACAUACAGCAUAGCAGUCAAUCAGUACUUCAAGGUCAAUGAAAUAUACAGUCAGGUACAGUUCAGGUCAUCAAUUAGUUACAAUUUAAGUAUUAAUUAGGGCUUUGACUAAUUCUAUGUCUGUAUACUUUAGGACCCUGAGGAGCUUCAGAUACUCUAUCCUGCACUUUAGUAAGUUAGAGGUUCUAGGUUUAGGGUAAGGAUCCUGCGGUUCAUCUCCCCGCCCCUUGUGCUCGGUUCAACACACGCAUAUAUUCCAUAAGUGUGAAUAAGUAAUCUCAGUGACUGGGGUCACAUUUAGGGUUUAAACUCUAAAAACAAGCAUUUACAGUAUAGUAUUCGCAUUUUUAGUGACCACCGCACAUCCGCGAGACCUCGUCAUUCGCAAUGGGUCCUGGAACAUAACCUCGCGGAUGUCUGAGGUAUUGCUGUGUGUGUGUGUGUAUAUAUAUAUAUAUAGCCAUUUCAUUCUAACCCCCAGGCUAUACAUAGAUAGGUCAUAUUAAUUGAUAUAUAAUAACUCCACUAAUAGGCACAUCAUACCAAAUUCUAACGUAUUAACAAAGACAGGUGGUGGCAGAUGCAAGGGCAGACGUUUGUUUUAUAAGUUGCAAAUGAAACAACAAAACGGAGUAUAAACCAAAACAGCAAAAUAUACUGACUAAGGCUGUGGAAGGCAAAGCAACACACACCACACAACAUCAACACAAGGAUGACAACGAGGUCCACAGAAAGCAGAAAUUAAAUAGAGGAAGGACAGAACAGGUGUGUGUUGGGCAAAACAUGUAACGUGAGGGUCAUGUGACCUGCAGGGUCCAAUGUGUUAACGUGUUGAGAACUGAAGCAGACAUCAUUUAUUACAAAACAGAAUCAACAAUAAGAGGAGCUAAAGAUUUCUGUUUUGAACAGAUUUCACACUGUUAGUACACGAGCUAUUCAAUAGACAGACAUGGAUAAAACCCGUAUAGUUUCCCCUAGGAAAUGUUUACCUGCAGAUGUUUGAUGCUCAGGUAAGAUACUUCUCUGUUUUAUAAAUGUAGAGAACACAAUGGCAAAUGAUAACAUUAUAACUUGGUACCAAAUAGACAGUUAUCUAGGAAAUAUCUACAGCUGCCCUGAUAUACACGGUGAUUAUGCUGAAGAGCAUUUGAAUGUUAUGGAAGUUGAAGAGGCUUUGUAUCCAAAAAGUUGAAUUGCAAAGAAAAUAAGAUUUUGCAAAACAACAAAGUAAUUCUUUAAUCAUCUUGAGGAGAGGAAUCAGGAGGUUCUGAAUCACACAGUGGCCAUCGUGGAAGCUAAGAAAGAGGCUGAAAUCUCAAAGUAUGAAAUAUAUGAAAACUUUUGCAUGAAAAUCGACAACAUGGAGGACACAUUAUACGCUGCUACCAAGUCUGACAUGCAAGUGCUUCUGUGCCAACAACAAUAUAACAUUGAUUUGGCUGUGCACUAAUACACAAUUUUUAAAUCUAUCUGCUUAUGUUUAACAGGCUGCUGAAACUCAGUGCUUCAAUACAAAUCAGCUUGGAUGGGGGCGCCAACAAGUACCACAUGGAGUAGAUGUGUUUUUCUGUGCGCUUCAUUUCUCUUGAUUAUUCUUUUUCACCAAUAAUUUUACUGGUUACAUUUUGCUCAUUACCAUCCUUUACAAUCGCAGAUGGCAUGACUAAGCCCCAUCUAAGAAAGGAGACAAAUCAGUAGAGGAUGCAGGUGAACAAGGCGUUUGUCAGCCAGACGACACACAGGCCGCUGCUAACUCCACAGACCCUGUUAACUUCGCUGACAUUAUGGAAGCUCUCAAAUCAAUGAACGGCUCCAUGAAUGAAAAGAUUUGACUCAGACGUUGGCCAUGCUGUUACUAAAGUUACUAAACAUGUUUUUGAUUCAUUUGAGAUGACCCAAUCCUUUGUUGACUCUAUCACAGUUGAGUUGAGACUCUGUGUUUGGUGAUGGUGGUAAUUUUACCCCAAAAUAGAUAAAGCAAUACAGAAAGCAUCUAGAGAAAAUGGCUGAGUGCAUUGACUCAAUUGAAAAGGCUCUAAUGCAGAACAUGGCAGUCACAGAGACUAAAUGCCAGGAUAAGGGGAAAGUACACAAUAUGUGGCAUGCAGUGACUUACCAAAUGAUAAAUGUAAACAGUAAAACCGACAUUUUUGUUAAUAUGGUCAGGCAAAAAAUGUUUGAAGAGAAGCUCCAGUUUGUGAAAGUGGAUCAAAUGUUUCUUGAGAAAAUCCAAAGACUACUCACAAACACCCAAGUCCAGAUUAAAUCAAAACGCUCACAAAAAAAUGAUCAAGACUGUGAUGAGUGAACUGAAAGAAAGGCUUGAUUCCUACACCCAGCAUAGUCUGUAUAACAGAGUACAGUCUGUUUACAGUGAUCACAAGCAUGCCUUAUGUAUGGAAAGUACGUGUUAUUCUAUUGUGUUCACUUCAAAUGUGUUUCAAGAUGGGGUGAGUGGGUGGCCGCCUCGCCAUGACACUCUCUAGUGUGGAUUAUAUCUUUCGGGCAUUCACUUACACCGAGAGAAUCGUGUAACAGAGCUAUCAGGGAAAACAUAAGGUGGAAGAAUCUGCUUUCACAUAAAUGAAGGUUGGUGUACAGAUGUCACAGUGCUGAAUAGAUACUUCAGCCCAAACAUAGAAAUAUUAUCCAUAAACUAUAGACCUUUUUAUUCUACAAAGGAAUUUUCUUAAUUCAUCCUGGCCGGAGUUAACAUCCCACCCCAAGCCAAUAUGAGUGAUGCACUGCAAAACCUGGCAGACCAAAUUUCUGUCUUGGAACAAAAAAAUUUGGAGUCUCUCAGCAUCAUCCUUGGAGACUUCAACAGAGCAAAACUAACUCACAAGCUACAAAAAUACAGGCAGCAUAUUAAUUGUCCCACCAGAGAAAAUAACACACUGAAUCAUUGCUACACAGUUCUGAAACACACAUAUCGCUCAAUACUACGGGCAACUCUAGGACACUUUGACCAUUGCUUGGUUCAUCUUAUUCCAACCUACAAGCAGAAAUUAAAUCUGCUAAGCCUGCAGUCAAAACAGUAAAGAGGUGGACCGGUGAGGCAAAGCAGAAACUACAGGACUGCUUUGACUGCACCGAUUGGACUGUUCUUGAAAAACUAACAAUCUGUAUGAACUGACUGACAAUGUGACAUCUUACAUCAGUUUCUGUGAAGACGUGUGUGCCAACCAAAACCUUCUGCACAUAUAACAAGCCAUGGUUCACAGCCAGAUUGAAACAACUAUGCCAGGCAAAGGAGGAUGCCUACAGAAGUGUGGACAGAGCCCUGUUCAAGCAGGCCAGACUUGCUGACGAAGAUCAUCAUAGUAGCUAAAAAGAGCUACUCCGGAAAGCUGGAAAGCAGGUUUUCACCUAACAAUCCUGUUUAAGGGUCAGGGACUGCAAUAGUGGUAUGCUGGGAACCUUUGUGGCCGCUGGAUUGUUUCUCCCCUCUAGUCACGUCUGCCAGUAGCGUGAGGAUGGAUACUGAGUCUGUGGAUAGGACACACAUCUUAUUUCUCUUGCCAGGGUGGGAAACUGAGGAGAUGGACCCUGCAGUUGUCAAAUUAACACUUAUUUGAUUAACUUCUGUGCUUAGAUUUGUCAGUAGAGUCGUGCUUGAACGUAUUUCCUUUAAUUCACUCAAGACAUCAAGUUCAGCCUUUCUUGGGUUUUGUUGGCCAUUUCUUUUUGUGCACAUUAGUUUUGGACUGUACUAAGUGUGCCUUGGUUGCUCAUGGUUGAGCAAUAGGUUUUUUCUCAGUUUCACGGGCACAUGCCAGGUUGCCUUUUUGAAGAGUAGUUCAUCAGCUUGUCUUUACUCUAAUUCUCAGACACAGGUAAGGUCAUACGUCACCCCUAAUGCGGUCAUUUUGCAAGUCAGUCAGAAUAGUGUGGAGAAACAUGCUCUGGACUAGGUUUGGGUCAUACCUCAAACUAGACUCUGCCUCCUGUGAUGCAAAAAGGAUUUUCUGUCUAAACAGUGGACUAGAAAAUUUGUGAGCUGUUUAUAUAUAUUUAUAUUGUUUAUAUUGUUCCGUUGCCCCCUUUUCUUGGAAAAAAGCCCGAAGUAUCUGUCUUAGAGUGGGCAAAAUAAGGUUUGUCUUACCCUGCAGGUAACUAGGAAGUUGCAUGCCUGGUGUAAUCGCUUGUAUUACAGCAUCAACAUCUUCAAACUUAAGAGUUUCAAAAGAGAUUUUGAACUCUUUGUUCCAAGGCAGCAUGACUGGCUUGUGUUGAAUUUGAAUGCAGACUGUGAUGUUGUUGUGUAUGUAACUCUUGCUGGGUGUUAGUGUUGUAAGGAGCACUGACACUUUGUUGCAUGAUCACUACAUGGGUCUGUUCUUGCUCUGUCAGUUUCCUAAGGCUACAUAUCAAUCUCUUUUUGCAACUGUUCAUGCCAUAUGGCCUGUAUUCCUGCUGUGACUUUCACCUCUUGCUGAAGAUGUUUGCUGCCCUACACUGCUCUCAUCCUUCUGCUGAAAUUGACAGAUUUUAUCUUUUAACAACAAAAGUUCUCACAUUUCCUCAUCUUCACUCUUCUAAAUCCUCUGUUUCAAGAUGUCUCAGAAGCAGGGGCAGACUUAGUGAUUUGGGGGCCCUAAGCGAUUCCAGGUUUGGGGCCUUUGAACUCAACACACCCUCUUUCUAUAUAUAUAUAUUUUUAUUGUUUUUUUCUUUUCUUUUUUUGUAAAUAAACUGCAUGUUAAAAAUAUCUUUAAAGUGGAACUUUUAUUUUCCUAAUGUAAAAUUAAAUGCUUAUGCUCUGAUUAAA